GGCUAUUUUGUUGAUUCGAAAUUCCAAAUUGAUUGAUUGAUUGAUUGAUUGAUUGAAUUUGUUAUUGAUGGAUACCGAAGAUUCAAUUAUUCAACAACAAUUUCAACAACAAAUUGAAAAUAAUCUUAGAAAUAUGGUCGAUAAGCUUGUCGGUACGGAAGAGAAUGCUAAACGCAUUGCUAAUGUUGAAAAUUGUUUCGGUGUUAAUGGUGUGCCAUUACAGAAUCCAGAUCGUGUAUUAGUUGGUGAAGGUGUUUUAAAUAAAUUAUGUAGAAAAAAAUUAAAACCAAGACAAAUAUUUUUAUUUAAUGAUAUUCUUGUUUAUGGUUCUAUAAUAAUUAAAAAGAAAAAAUAUGCACGUCAACAUAUUAUACCAUUAUCGAAUGUAAAAAUUGAAGAUUAUCCAGAAAAAGAAGGUAAAAUAAAAAAUGCAUGGUUAAUUCGUUCACCAACCAAAUCAUUUAUGUUAUAUGCAGCAAGUGAAAUUGAAAAAAGAGAAUGGAUUAAUCAUAUUAACAUGUGUAUUAAACAUGAACUUGAUAAAAGAAAUUCCAAUUCAAAUAUUGAACAUGCAGCUCCAUGGUUACCGGAUAAUCUUUCAAAUCAAUGUAUGCAUUGUAAAAAAACACAAUUCACCGUUAUUAAUCGUCGUCAUCAUUGUCGAAAAUGUGGUCUAAUUGUUUGUGGUACAUGUUCGAAAAAUAAUUAUCUAUUAACAAAUAUUAGCUCAAAACCAGUACGUGUUUGUGAUAAAUGUUUUGAUGAAUUACAAAUUCGUGAUCGUAUGGCAAAUAAUGAUUUUGGUUUUGGUCAACAAAAUGAUGAUUUAACGUCAACAAAUGAUCAAUCAUCCAAUCAUGAUAAUGAUAAUGGUAAUAAUAUUCAACAUCAAAAUAGUAAUGAUUCAUCCGAUUCGGAUAGUAAUCUAAAUAUAAUGGAUUUUAAGCCAACAUUUUAUAGCCAUUCAACAACGGCACCUAAAUAUUAAAAUGAAGAAGAAAAAUAUCAACGAUUCAAAGCCAAAACAUUAUAUUUUUCCGCUCCGAUCAACAACAACAUAACCUUCAUAAUCAUAAUCAUCAUUUUCUGAAUUAUUUCAUUCAACAUUCUUUACUUUUCAUACAUUCAUGGAAUUCAGGCCAAUCAGUCAUAAUUGAAAUUGACUGUUGUGUAUUUAACAGCGAUUUAUAUAUUAAAAAUCCAAAUU